CAAAACAAAAAACACAAAAGGAGAUUAAAAUGUUUAGCUGGGUCAGAGGAGGAAGUAGCAGGAACAUGCACUGGGUUAUCAGAGACCUGAUUGUUACAUCAAGUGGACACCAACUCUCAGUAAACCCUCCGUUAAAUCCCCAGCAUGCAGCCCUGGGCUGCUGUCAAGAGCUGCAGAGAGAACACGCUGCUUUAUCUUUGGGGAUGUGCCAGUGGAGUGUGUGCUGUCUGUUGGAAAGUGGAGCAUGAUUAUGUUGUUCUCCAGUGAAAGUAUUUAACAGUAACAGAUCUUGGGCUGUCUGGAGCUCAGAGUUGGAGGACCAUGACUGGGGGAGCAGUGACUUCCAUCUCUGGUAACCAAAAUUACUGUAAGUUUUCCAGCAGAAAUCUCCUUCUGCCAGAAGACAUAUAUAUGCAAGUGAAAGCAAGAUGGCCCAGAUCCCGACCAGAUGGCCGGUUUCACCGUGCGGUGCCUGAGGCGUUUUCCCAGCUUGGAUAUGCAGGACAUCCACCAUGAAAUUGCAAAUGUGGAUUAUGGUACAGCCAGAAAUGAUUGCCUGGAGCAGUGCCCAGACAGGCAGCCCACAGAUUGUCUACCAGCAGUCCACAGGAGGAAUGGGAGAGGCGGCGAAGCUGUGUCUGAGGCAUCUCCUGAGGAUGCUUCAGGACCCACCACUGUCACUGAUCUCCCUGUCAGACGUAGGCAGAAUCUCUUCUCCACACAGAGGAGGCAGAGGGUGGAGCUCAGCGCCUGUAUAAAUUAUAUGUGUCCUUCAGGUUGUUUCAGCAGCAACAACAAGCUGUGAGCGUGUUUGUCAGCUGACUGAUCUGUUAUCCAAAUUGGGUUUUCUGCUGCUGUCGCCAUCUUGUGAGCCAUGGGGAGCCCACCAGCCAAGAUGAAGAUUUGUCCCAUCUACAUGCUCUCUGUAAGAAUCAUACAAGCCAGGAACAUCAAAUCAAGAGACCUGUUGACUGCAUCAGACUGCUAUGUGCGCUUGUGGCUGCCAUCUGCUUCAAAUGAAAAGCUUCAGACCAAAACCAUCAAGAAUUCUGACAACCCUGUCUGGAAUGAGACUUUCUACUUUAGGAUCCAGAGAGAAGUUGAGAACGUUUUAGAAUUGGCAGUGUGUGAUGAAGAUCCACUUACGAAAGAUGACAUGCAGUUCACAGUUCUUUUUAACGUUGCUAGAGUCAGACCUGGAGAGAGAGUCCGUGAGACAUUUGCUUUGAAAUCAGAGAAAGAGAGGUGCUCUAAGAAAUGGGAAAGUUUGGAAGUGGAAUUCUGGAUGGAAAAAAUUCCUGGCCCUCCAGAGUAUGUCAUUACCAAUGAUGUCCUAGUGUCACGUGAAGUUUGGUGCUUGGAAGUGCAAGUGGACAGUAAUGAAAGCAGGAAAUAUUUGAAAGAGGGUAAAAAUCUUGUGCUUACGGUGCCUGCAUCUCAUGAAGGAACACAGAAAGCUGCAGAGGACACAGAUACUUUCUACUUCCAUUGUGUGAAGGCCUGGGAGCCAGUUCUAAAGGCCAGGCUGCAGAAAGUUUCUGAUAAAGAAGAUGACAGAAACAAUUUAAGUGACACCUUAACAGUACCACUGAAAUUUCUCCCUGUUGGACACAAAGUGAAAGUAACCCUCCCUGUAAGACAUAAUGUGCCAUUGCAGCUGUACCUCCAACUAAAUGAUUGCACGGAAAAACUAGAUGUGCGCUUAGGAUAUGAUCUAUGCCGAGAAGAGCAGGAAUUCUUGCAAAAAAGGAAGAGAGUGGUUGCCAGUGCCCUGAAAAGGGUUCUUCAUUUGGAAAGAGAUCUACAUGGACACGAGGUCCCAGUAAUAGCUGUUAUGGCAACAGGUGGAGGCCUCAGAGCAAUGUCAGCUAUGUUUGGCCACCUCUUGGCUCUUCAGAAGCUAAAUCUGUUGGACUGUGUUGCCUAUCUCACUGGGGCUUCUGGCUCAACAUGGACCCUAGCAGACCUGUAUGAGCAUGCAGAUUGGUCACAGAAGACUCUGGAGGGGCCGCUCAGAGCAGUAAAAGAACAAGUGACAAAAUGCAAACUCAACCUUAUGUCUAUGGAACAUCUGAAAUAUUAUCACAAGGAACUUGCUGAAAGGGCAAAAGCUGGACACGUCUCAUCUUUUACAACGUUGUGGUCACUUGUUCAGGAAAUGUUCUUACAUGAACGGCCAAGAAAGUACAAACUCACAGACCAGCGCAAGGCACUGGAGCAUGGACAAAACCCACUGCCUUUCUAUGCAGUCCUCAAUGUCAAAGAGGAAAAGUUCAGUACUUUCAAAUUUAGAGAGUGGACAGAGUUCUCUCCUUAUGAGGUGGCCAUACCAAAAUAUGGAGCCUCCAUUCGUUCAGAAUUUUUUGACAGCGAGUUUUUCAUGGGAAGGCGAGUGAAGAAGCUGCCAGAAUCUCGGAUCUGCUAUCUGGAAGGUCUUUGGACAAACAUUUUUACUAGGAAUUUGCUGGAUGGCUUAUACUGGUCCUCAAAUUCAAAUGAAUUCUGGGAACGAUGGGCCAAAGAUAUGGUAGAUAUAGAAAAACAUUCCCCUGAGGAGGAUACCACUAUCAUCGAGCCUCCAUCUUGUUUGUCAGGGAAGUUGUAUGAAAUGUUUCAGGACAUUAUGACCAAGCGUCCGCUACUGGGAAAGUCUCAUAACUUCCUGAGAGGCUUAGAAUUUCAUAAGGAUUAUAUCCAUCAGAAAAAAUUUAUUGAAUGGAAAGACACUGUGCUGGACUCUUUCCCUAACAAUCUGACACCGCUGCAGAAAUAUCUUUGCCUGAUAGAUGUUGGCUAUUUCAUUAACACCAGUGGUGCAGCACUUUUCAGGCCAGAAAGGAAUGUAGAUGUCAUUAUCUCACUUGACUAUGGUUUGGGGAAUGUGUUCAAGCAAUUGGAGAUGACAUACAAAUACUGCAAGAUACAAAAAAUCCCUUUCCCCAAAGUGGAGCUAAGUGAAGAAGAGGAGAAGAACCCAAAGGAAUGUUAUGUGUUUUCGGAUCCAGAGGACCCCAGAGCACCCAUAGUAAUUCAUUUUCCCCUGGUGAAUGACACCUUUAAGGAAUUCAAGGAGCCUGGGGUAAAGCGCAGUCUCUCAGAGGUGGACGAAGGCAAAGUAAAUCUGGAGAACAACUGCUCACCCUAUUACCUCAUUAGGCUAAUCUACUCCCCUGAAAAUUUUGACAAACUCGUGAACCUAAGUAAAUACAACAUCCUCAACAACAGAGACCUGCUCCUCCAGGCAAUCCAGAGCGCCGUGGAACGGAAAAGAAGUGGCAGGACUGGGAAUCUCCCCAGCCACUCUGGAGCUGAAUAUGCAUAGGCUGAGUUUUUGUACUUUUCCCCACUGAAGGCUAUGACGGUCACAUUACAACACACAACAAUCACAUUAUAACAUGUCACAGUCACAUUACAACACAUCACAGUGUUCAUUAUUUGCAGGAAAUUGAGAAAACCUGUACAUUUCUCAUCUUGCCUUGUUCAAGUUCCUAGUUUUCAAAAGGGUUUUUUAACCUUCCUUCACCAAGUUUUCAGACCAUAAGAGCCUCCCACUCCGGUUUUACUUGAUAAGAUAAGUAAGUUUUACUCCGGUUUUUACUCCGGUUUUACUUGAUAAGGUCCUGGUUAGCAGAGACCUUUCAGGAACUUCCCAAUGUUAUACAAAAUGGUGGUGGUGAUAGUGAUAGUUCUUUAUAUGUGCCUGUUCCCUCAAUCCUGAGCCCAUUAUCAGUGUCUUUUGAAUGAUUCACUACAAACUAAGUCCUGGCCAUUUGCAUUUAGUAAUGUCCAGAUUUUCAGAUGAUAGGCUGAGUACUAGAAUUUGCACUGAAUUGGUGGGCUCAGCUCUGAAGUCAGGCCAAAGAGUCAUAUAUACCUGUGAAUAAUAGCCUAACUGCAACGUGGACCAUUACAUUCUGUCUGGCCGAUUCCCCCUGCUGAUCUAGAAGUUAUUCCUUUAUUCCAUUCCCCUGCAAGAGUCUGGCACAGAAAUGCUGCUCCAGACUGUCCCAAGGGGGGCAGUUACAUUUCAAGGAGAGAGGACAUGAGCUGCAGAGGGCGAGUCAUUCUUAGAGUUUUGGCUGGAGGAAAAAUUCUGCAUAAGACAUGAGUGAUUAUAUUAAUUUAUACGGGUAGAGCCUUUAUGAAUAAAAAUGUCAAGAGCUUUUGAUACCUGAAAUUCAGGGAGGGUAGUUACCAUAGACACAAGUACACUUAAUUUAAUAAUUAAUGACCAAGACAUAAGCUAGUGUUCCUUAUGUGUGUGAACUGAGUGUAGGAUGUAAAAGAGUGUAUAGUCAUUGUGUUUCACACCCAGAAGAUUUUUUUUCCCUUUACAGUCUUCAAUUCCUAACAUCAUAGGCAAAGUAUUUUUAAUAGGUGCUACAGUAAAACAGAGCACAAAUAAAAAAAAAAAUAUUUUUCACACAUCCUUGCUGGAAGAAAAUAUUUGGAAAAAUGAUGCCUGGUUUUUAUUUGCUUUGGAGUAUGGUGAGAGACAUUGCCUUGAACUAGGAGCUUGGAAUAACUUUUAUAGCCCUCCACUAUAUUAAAAAGAUGAUAGGGAAAGAUGCUGAGCAAUACAAAACAGAGCUCCACAGAAGUCGGAGAAGUUACCAUAUUUCAUAGCACUGGAGGAUUUGGACCUGCUUCUGGCAUGUUUAAUCCAAGCACAGCAUAUUCACGGAGAUGGAGUCCCCCUAGGAAAAUCGUGCACAUUUCUUCUGUAUUGGAAAUUUACUUGAUAUCUAGAAUAAGUUGUACUUGAAAUGAAAAAUUAAGCAAAGAGAAGCAGGGGUCUGCCUUUUUAGCAUAUGUAGACAGUAUCCAAGCUCAGAGGGAGAGCAUUUACAAAAGUCGUUCGUUGCCUGAACCCAGUACCUACUAAAUGCUGUCUUUUGCUCAUAAAGGCAGUGAAUAAGCUUCAGCGCUAUUCCUUGUACAACGCUUAUUUGUUGAGUUGAGUACCAUGCAAAACCUGAGGAGUCGUAACAGCUGUGAGUGCAACUGUACAACUGAAUUCAGACCAUGAGAAGAAAAGAACUAAUCAGAUACUGGCUGCAGGAAAGAAAGAAAGAGCUCUUUUGAGCUGAAAAAUAAGAUGGCAGCAGGGUUGUAGCUACAAGCAGGAUCUGUGACCUUUGCACAGGAGCACAUUGUGGCUCAGUAUGCCAGGUAUACAAAGCCCCUGCUUGCCUCGGCCAGGCAGCGGGCGCGGGAUGGUUGGACAAGGAGCGGGUGACACCACUGACAGCGCUGCCCAGCUCCUUGCCCUCUCUGCGCUGGGGCACCUGGGGCAGGGAGCGAUCGCUCACACUCAGGAACCUUGACAGCAUGUACCCAGCAGCAACGCAUCUUGGAUGCGCAGACAAAAUUGGGUUUCUUUAAAUGCUCCAUAAGUCGAUAACUGGGGCACGAUUGGUGCAUGCAUAGUGCUGCUAACACAAACAGAAAUGUACACUAAAAUGUGAAAGAGCCCUAAAAAAUCCUCCACACAGGCUGUUCAAGUAACUCAGAAGGUUACCUGAACAAGCUCUUUCUUUUUUUUUUUUUUUUUUUAAUGCUGUUUUGCAUUUCAGAGCCUGAAAUUAUGUGAGGGCUGUAUCAUUGCCCAUGAGAGGAGUGGUGGGGGUUUUUCUUCUUUUUUUUUUUUUUUGUAGCACAAAGCUGAAGGAUUACGUUGCUGGCCUGAGUGUGUGUGGCAGGAGGCCCUGGUGGGUGUCUGUGAGGGCAAAGACUGAGGACUCUGCAGUGUGGUGGGACGUGGACCUGGCACGCUUGCCCACACAGCCAGUCAGGAUGUGGUAGCUGGCACAUGCUGUCUCCCUGACCACAGCUGGGCUGUGUUUCAGCGCACGCUAAUUUAGCCUGAAAACCACAAAACUACAGAGCAUCCUUACAGCAACAUGCAGCUGGUCAGUGACCUGUGCUUGGGUCUGCUCCUUUGUCCUGUUCUUUCUAGUGCACAUGGAGUCUAAGGGAACGGACCACUGAGAUGCUGUGUGUUUGUUCCUCAAAUGCUGUGUGUUUGUUCCCCAUCCCCAGUCUUGCCUGGCCUUGUGCCACAUGCUGUCAAAUGUCUGCUUGACCAGAACACAUGAAAACCAGAGCAGGCACGAGGAGAAUGCCUAUCUCGCCAUGAAAAAGCAUGUGGCUUGCUUAUAAACAGGUCCGUGCUGUUCUGGAGUUAUGUUUGUUUAACCGCUCAAGAUGAGUUCAUGCGUGCAACAUGCUCAUCCAAAAAUGCACCCCAGAUCACUGCUCUCAGAUGAACAUUCAGCUGGUAAACCCCCAGAAAUACAGAGCUUGCUCUCAGCUGCCAAACACAAAGGAAACAAAAGUUUAUUCUUAUAACUGUUAGCUACUCUUUAUAGAAAUUGCUUAUGUCUUUUAACUGUUUAAUAAUAUAUUCAUUAAAAAUACAAUAUUGCAAAAGA